UACGAUCUCCGUCACUAUGAAUAAACUUUCAAGUGUGUUCAUGAAAUGGCAGCGGAAGAUCUUCUUCUUCCCUUAGAUUCCUUCGACUGAUUUUUUUCACCUUACAGAACCCUAACAAAAUCUCCCCUUCCUCUACGAUCUCUUUGCUCUCGCUCUGUUGUUCAAUUUCUGGUACCCGUCUCAUCGAAUUUCUAGGGUUUUCUGCAAAAACUUCCCCCUGGCUUUGUUCUGAGAUCCCCCUCCGAGUUCUCUCUUAAUCUCCGAUCGACGCGUAUUUGGAGGUGUUUGAUUAGCUUCUCCAGGAAGGGCAAGUAAGGACCCAGAACUUACCUCCAGAGAAAAAAAAAAUCAUGGGGCUCUCGUUUAAGAUUUCGAAGGUUGGCAGAAGGUUUCGACCGAAGCCUUCUCUUGAAUCGACGGCUCCUGCUGAUGACUCUCCGGAGCAGUUAAAGGAAAGCUUUCACGCCUCGAAAUUCGAGACCGCUGUUGAAAGAUGUGCUCGUGAUGUUUAUGGGUUCUCUCAGCCAUCCACAACUGAUGUGUCUCCAGACCAUGAAGUGUCGUUCGUGCUAAGCAUCUACCCAAAUGGGUACUCAAUAGGAAAACCUACUGAGAACAAGACUGUACAACAGGCACCCUUCCGUGAUGCUCCAAAGGUUUUACAUCCGUAUGAUAGGUCAUCAGAGAAUCUAUUUUCGGCUAUCGAGGCUGGUAGACUUCCUGGAGAUAUUUUGGAAGAUAUACCAUGCAAAUUUGUGGAUGGAGCAGUCAUAUGUGAGGUGCAUGACUAUCGGAAACAUACUCCUGAACAAGUCUCUCCUGUGAUUAAAAAAUUACGCCUUAAGAUGUCACUCGAGAACGUGGUGAAAGAUAUGCCACUAAUAUCAGACAAUUCAUGGACAUAUGGUGAUCUCAUGGAAGUUGAGUCCAGAAUAUUGAAAGCCCUACAACCUGAACUCUGCCUGGAUCCUACACCAAGACUUGAUAGGUUGUGUAAGAACCCUGUAACUGUUAAGCUCAAUAUGUCUCUUUCCAGUUUGCGGAGAAAGCGACUCAGGCAGAUGCCAGAAGUGGCAGUCAUGUCCCAGAACAAAAUCCAUGGGAAGAAGGUUUGCAUAGAUAGGAUACCUGAAAGUUCAGAGCAAGGAACUGUGUCAGGGCAUACGAUCCCUCAACCAGGCCACAACAAUCUGGUGGCUCAAAAUCUUGGUACAAAUAUGUUGGCGGGACUGAGAUCUCAAUCUUUACAAGAUGCCUCAAAUCCCUCAAUACCUUUGGCACCCCAGCAACAAAGAUAUUUGGGAACUGGAAAUAUAAGAAACAUGCUGGAUCAGGGAUCGAAUUCCAUUGGGAUUUCUGGUGCUUCACCAGUAGGUCAAGAUAUGAUGAUCCCCUAUGCCUCUGACAAUAUGAACCCUGGUACUUCUCUUCUUGGAAAGAGGGAAAAUCAAGAAGGGCCAAUGUCCCCAGUGUCUGGUUUCAAUAAGCGAGCUAGGGUUUUACCCAUGGGAACUGAUGGGAUUCCACAACAACAGUUAGGCCAACGCAUGGAUAGCAUUCAUGGAACAGAUUUGAAUUGGAAAAAUGCAAUUCUGCAACAGCAAGCUAUGAUGGGACGAGGUAUUCAGUAUGCAAAUGCUAGUAUUCAGAGGUUUUCGCCACAGCAACUCGAAGGGUUUAUCAAUCAGGAAGGUGGCUCCAUGCAGUUUUCAGCAGCACAACAAGGUGCAAUGCGGUUCACUGCUAAAGAGGAGCCAUUUGAGACUAGUAAAUUUGAUGGUGCCAUAAAAAAUGAUAUGCCAAUGGCAGGAACUGACACUGGUGAUUUGGAUCCCCGGGUUCAGUCAAGGUUGCAACAUAAUGCAUUUAUGAGAUCUAGUUUCCCUCAAGCAACCUGGAAUAACACUAGUCAGCAGAUUGAAAAAGACCUGAGAAAAGAAGAACAUUUCAAUAGAAGAAAAUCAGCUCAAAGUCCUCGUUUUUCAGCUGGUGCUCCGCCUCAAUCUCCACUUUCAUCAAAGUCAGGCGAGUUUUCUAGUGGCUCCUUGGGAACCCAUUUCGGAGCAGUUGCAACUGCUCAAAAGGAUAAGGCAACAGUCACUUCCAUUCCUGCCAUGGGGGGCACCCAAUCAUUCACAUCUAGUGCCAAUAAUGACUCAAUGCAACAACGGCAACACCAGGCUCAAAUGGUUGCAAAACGGAGGACAAGUUCUCUCCCUAAGACGCAAGUUAUGAGCAAUGUUGGUUCUCCUGUCAGUGUCAAUACUAUGAAUGUUCCAGUUAAUGCAAAUAGCCCUUCGAUGGGAACACAACCUUUGGCUGAUCAAGCAGUGGCUGCAGUGCUUGACAGAUUCUCGAAGAUUGAACGAGUUGCUGUGAGGUACCAACUUAACUGCAAAAAACAUAAGGUGGACGAGCUCUCCCGAAGGCCUCACUUAUACUCUCAGCAGCCUCUUAUUGGUUGUUUUUCAACUCUGUCCAAUAAUGAGGAUUACAAAGAUGAUGACAAACCAUUAUCAAGAUCAAUUAUAGGUGGCAAUAUGAAUAAUUGCAAGACAAGAGUCCUGAAUUUUGCUCGGAUGGAACGUAUAAUGCAAGGAACCGCAUCAUCUUUAGUCCCCAGAAUAAGAACAAGACUGGUAAUGUCAGAGAAGCCAGAUGGAAAUGUAGCGUGGCAUCUUGGAGACAUAGAUGAUGGUGGUGAUAUUUUUGCAGCUGAAGAUUAUCUUUCAACAUUGCCCAAUACGCAACUUGCCGAUCUGCUUGCUGCUGAAUUUCGUUCACUGAUGAUGCGCGAAGGAUACCUGAUGGAAGAACAUAUUCAAUUGAAACCAACCCGUGUGGAUGCUGUCCCGAGCAGCAGCCAACAAAAUUCUUCGGGCGCAUUUCCAAGAGGUAACUCAGCGAAUGAGAUGCAACAGUAUGGAGAAGCAGUUUCAGGACAGGCAACUGGUGAGGUUUCGAAACCAGGGACUUCCGGUAAUAAGCCUGUUAACCCCACACAGAACAACGUUCUUGGAAAUGCGAGGAUGCUUCCUCCAGCAAAUUCUCAAGCCUUGCAAAUGUCUCAAGGACAACUACUGUCCAGUGUCUCCUCCAUGCCUAUGCGGGCGCAACAGCUUGACCCACAACAGGCAUCACUUCCGUCAUCACAACCGCAGCAGCAAAACCAACAGCCAAUGUUUCAGCAGCAGCAGCAUUCACAAAUGCAGAGACAGUCCAUGAUGAUGCCAACUAACCCAUUGUCACCGGUUAACUCGAUGGGCCAGAGCUCGGGUAUGCAACCGGGUGUUCAGAUGGGAAACAAACCAUCUCCUCUGCAACUGCAGAUGCUGCAGCAACAACAGCAGUCGCAACAGCAGGCCCAGAUGCAGAGGAAGAUACUGAUGGGGCUAGGAUCAGGUGUAGGUAUGGGUAUGGGAAGCAUGGGCAACAGUAUAGCCGCUGCACUCGGAGGUAUGGGCAAUCCAAUGGGUAUGGCAGGAGGAAGGGGCAUUGGAGGGAGUGGAAUUUCAUCGCCGAUGCCGUCUGUUUCCGGGAUUGGUGGUUUGGGUGAGAACCCUUUGAAUAUGAACCCGGCAUCAAACUUGAAUGCGAUAAGCCAGCAACUUCGUGCGGGAGCGUUAACACCGGCACAAGCAGCUAUGAUGGCAAAACUAAGGAUGGGGAUGAACAGAGGAGGGGUAAUGGGGUCAAGCCAAGCAAGCAUAAGUGGCAUACCGGGGGCGAGACAGAUGCACCCAGGGCCUGCAAGUCUGUCGAUGUUGGGUCAAAACCCAUUGAACCGAGCUAAUAUGAGCCCCAUGCAACGAGCUGCAAUGGGUGCCAUGGGCCCUCCCAAGUUGAUGCCUGGAAUGAACAUCUACAUGAAUCAACAGCAACUGCAGCAGCAACAAUUGCAGCAGCAGCAGUUGCAACAAUCAAUGUCUCAGCAGCCACAGCAGCUAUCCCAGCCACAGAGUCAGAUGCCUCCGCAGCAGCAGCAGCAGCAGUUGCCACAGCCACAGCCACAGCCACAGCCACAGCCACAGCAGCAACAAAUGCAACAGCAGCAGCAACAGCAACUUUCACAACCACAGCAGCAGCAGCAGCAAGAGAUGGGCUCACCCCACCAGGCUACUGUGAUUUCGCCACCACAAGUAGUAGGAGGUUCACCAUCACCUCAGCUACCGCAACAGCAACAGCAGAUGAGCCCACAGGCAAUGAACCAGCAAAGAACGCCAAUGAGUCCACAGGGAGUGAGCUCCUCAGGGAAUAUGCAUCCAAUUAUGAGUGCCUCUCCACCCUCUCCUCCUACUUCCAUUGACCUUCCACCCUCCUCCCAGCAAACCCCCACCUCUUCUUCUCUUUCCUAGUCCUCUCCCCUCUUGCCAAUAUCCUUGUAAUUUUAACUCAUUACAACAAUAACUACUACCCCCGCAAAAAAAAAUGAUGAAGUGUUUCAUUUUUUCUU